AUGGCCUACAAAAACUUCGGUGAUGUGGUUGCGUUUGACACUACAUAUCGAACUAAUAGGUAUGCUAUGCCGUUUGUGCCUUUCACCGGAGUCAACCAUCACUAUCAAUCAAUACUUUUUGGUUUUGCACUCGUUCGGGAUGAAUUGAAGACAACUUUUGAGUGGGUUUUGAGUACUUGGCUAGAAGCAAUGGAAGGCAAAGAACCCUUGGUUAUCAUAACCGAUCAAGAUCAAGCCAUGGCCGCGGCUAUUGAAUCACAACUUCCGAACACAUCACAUUUGUUAUGCUCAUGGCACAUUAGCAACAAAUUCCCCGAGAAACUUGCAACAUAUUAUUCGAAGGAAGGGUUUAAAUUUGAUUUCAACAAUUGCAUAUAUCACUCUUUGACUGAAGUUGUGUUUGAAGAUCGGUGGAAUGCUUUGGUUUUGAAGUACAAUUUGGAAGGCAAUACAUGGCUUCAAGGGUUAUAUGCUUUGAAGCAUAAGUGGGUCGAGGCUUACACAAGAAACACUUUUUCUGCGGGUCAAAAGACCACAUCAAGAAGUGAAGGAAUGAAUGCAUAUUUCGAUGCCUAUGUUGGUUCUUGCACCGGUUUGAAAGAUUUUGUAGAGGGUGCACAAAAAGCUUUGGAGAGGCAAUUCAUGCGUGAGAAAGACGAGGAUUAUGUGACGUUUCAUAGAAGUCGUUGCAUGCAAAUGAAAACCGCUCUGGAGCACCACGCAGCUUCCAUUUAUACGAAAGAAAUGUUUCGAAGAUUUCAGGAACAAUUGGUUGAAUCAUCUAAGUACUUUGUGGAGAAAGAUAGAGAUCGGUCCUUGGAAGAUGUUCAAGACACGUUCUACAAAUGUUAUAGACCGUUGAUGCGUGCUUCUCAGAGAAACACGUAUCUCGUAUCAUUCAACAAGGUGUCAUUAUGGGGUUCAUGCAUUUGUAAAAUGUUUGACAAUGUUGGCAUACCAUGCCGUCACAUUAUUGCCGUCUUGACGAAGAGGUGUGUGGCAGAACUACCAGAACAUUUUGUCAAACGGCGUUGGACAAGGGACGCCAAUAGAGUUGAUGGCAAGUUGCCAUAUCACACGUCCGAAUUUCAAUCACCAUCUCAUGAAAUGACUCCCACGGAAAGAUUCAACCACAUGACAUUACUUACCAUGUCGUUUAGUCAUAGUUGCAUGGCAUCGAAAGAGCGGUAUGAGUAUGCCGUUGGGGUUAUUAAUCGGGAAACAGAAAUACUUGAGAGCAUGCCCGUUGACGGGGUCGAAAAUGAAGGAGGUGAAUUAAAUCCAAAAACAACUCAAGAAGGUGGUGAGAAAUUGCAUGAGAGUGAAAUGGCCGACGGUUCGGAUGAUGAGUCAGUGUCACACGUCAGCAACUCAAUCUCGGACUCGGAAGAAAUGUGUGAUUCACCUACUUUUAGCUUCUUGGAGGACGCGAUUCGUGAGCUCGACGAACUUGCAGAAAUGUACGAACCACCAUCCCACUCGGAAGAAAUGUGUGAUUCACCUAGUUUUAGCUUCUUGGAGGAAGCAAUUCAUGAGCUAGACGAAUUGGCACAGAUGCACGAACCACCUCCCCAAUUGGAGGAAGAAGACACCGAGUUGUACCCGCCUGAGGAAGCGGCCUACCGGUCAAGAAAUUGGACCGAAGCUUGUCAGUGGUGUGCAAGCGAUAACAUGUUCGAAAGGGUGGCUUAUAACUUGACCCCAUAUUUUCUACCUAUUUUGAACUUGGGUAAGGACUAUCCCGACGGGCCAAACAAAGUAUCGUUGUGGGAUGGUGGUGAUAUUGUGACGUGUGAUAGGAUAGCCGACAUUAUGAAGUUGAGGCCUCGCCCGGGUUGCACGCGUGACCAAAUGCGAAUUGAAUAUGUCAAGGGGUGGGUGUCCAACCUUCGUGGUGAUGAUACGGGAAAAUGGAUAACGCGCAAAGAACCAUGGAGCAAAUUUCGUCUCUACGAUGGGUCUAAUAGCAUUCAUGUCACACUAUGGAAUGAUCACAAUACGCAUGCCAAUGUGACCGAAGGUGUGCUCCGUGAAGGUUGUGUUGUUGUGCUGUAUUGGGUGGCAUGCUUCAUUAGAGCCGAUGCGACGCCCGGGCAUUCCACACACCGACUAUCGGGAGGCUUCUCCAACAUUUUAGCAGUGUUUAGUUAG